AUGAGACCAAUUGGUGACCGGUUUGAGAUUGGUAUCCCUUGGAAGCAAGACCAACCAAAUCUUCCAGACAAUCGAGGAAUGGCAGAGAGGAGGCUGAGAAGCUUAGAAGCACAUCUAAAAAAGAAACCAGAGGUGCAGCGACAGUAUCGAGAUGCCUUUCAACAGAAUGUUGAUAAAGGAUACAUCCAGAAAGUUGGACCAGUUGAGGCGGCUAGAGAUGGAUGGUACUUGCCCCAUUUUGCUAUCGUGAAACAAGACAAGCAAACCACCAAGGUGCGUAUAGUGUAUGAUGCAGCUGCCAGGUUUGGAGGAACCAGCCUCAAUGAUGAAAUGUUGCCUGGGCCAAAUUUGCAGAAAGACAUUCUGGAGAUCCUGCUCAACUUCAGACGGCGCCCAGUUGCUUUGAUUGGCGAUGUGAAGGAAAUGUUUAGUCAGAUUGUGCUCCAGUUAGAAUGUAGACGUUACCACCGCCUCCUGUGGAGAGAUUGUUACACAGAUCGACCGAUGGAUACUUAUGAAGCCGUGCGAGUAACAUUUGGUGACAGGGCAUCCCCAUUCCUAGCCAUGUAUGUGCUACAAGAGCAAGCUCGACGGGCAGCACCAGACUACCCCUUGGCAAGUCAAGUGAUUAAGGAUUUCACAUACAUGGAUGAUGUCACCGACAGUUUUGAGACCACUGCAAUUGCCGCAAAGAUGAUACCGGAGCUUAAAACAGUUGAGAAGCCUGGAGGAUGGACAAUCCGGAGAUGGAGCAGCAAUGAGCGAGAAGUGCUUGUUGGCCUGAGUGAAGAAGACAAAGCGACUGGUGUCCACUUCCAAGACAGCGACCUGCCUACUAUGAAAACCCUUGGUGUCUGGUGGGAUGCUGAAACAGACGUCUUCAGUUACUCCGUGAAGUUUGAGAUGACCACAGUCAACACAAAGAGGGAGUUAUUGAGUCUGGUAGCAUAA